AUGUUUGGACCACCCCGGAGAUAUGUUACUGAAAGGUACAAUGUUCUGGAGCCAAAGUCAGAAGGGAUAUUUUCACUCAGUGUGAAUACCAUACCUAUCCGUUGCUCCCCCCCUCAGCCAGCAUUUACUAUAGAUAUCACUGCAAGUUAUAAUAAUAGCAAUGAAGAGUCCAGCAUGGCAAUAUUAGUGGUACAAUUUGUGUCGGGUUAUGCUGCUAAUCAAGUUUCAUUGAAUCAGCUAUUAGCAAAUGAAUUGGUGAAGAAAACAGAAACAAGCCCAUCCAAAGUUGUAAUCUACUUACAAAAGGUUGGCCCCAACCCAGUCAACUUUUCCUUUCAAAUGGAACAGCAAAGUGAAGUGACCGACCUGAAGCCAGCUCAGAUGUCUCUGAUUGAGUAUUAUAAUCCCUCACAUCGUACAGAUGUCAGUUAUAAUGCUCCCUGCAAUUGAGGUUCUGUGUUGGCAACCAGUCGAAAAUUUGAAAACAUUGCAGUGGAUCUUCUGACAAGUUGGGCAAAGGGUUUUUGAUGGGCAAAUUUGGAAAAUUAUCGAGUUAUAUCUAUUUAUUUUGUGAUUGAUUUUUUUUUUUUAUUAGAGUGCUUUAUUUAUCAAAACAAAAUGAAAUCAUUAUUUUAGUAGAACAUUGAAAACUGUAUUAGCGUAUAAAGAAAGACAAAAAAGCAAUAUGUUUCCACAGAAGACUUGUAAAUACAAUACAUUCAUAGAAAAGUCAUAUGCCUGUGACUAAGGAACUUUUUUUUAAUUAGUCACAAGUGGUGAAAAUGCCCCACAAACAAGUAGAAGUUGUGAUACAAAAAAAUUAAAAAAAUUUGUUACACCAAACUUUUACCAGAAUGUCUGUACUUGAUAGACUGUACAGACAAUUUUCCAUAAGCCAUAUUAAAUAACACAAUAUAUAUUUUUUAAGAUAUUUGUACAAUAUAUAUCUUUAUUCGUUACUGUCAUUAAUACAAUAUCUAGUCCUAUACAACUGUACAUCAGCCAGAGGUUUAUUGUCACAAUAUAGUUCAACAAGGGCAUUUUUAUCAUUUAAAAACUAGAUGAACAAGUUGAAUAAGAUAUUCAAGGCAGAAUAUUGUUAUUAUUAUUAUUAUUAUUAUUAAUUAUUAUUAUUAUUAUAUUUUAUUUAGCAAGAAAGUAGAAGUAACAGGGAUACACAAAGGAAUACUUGGGAAUUCUAUAAUCCCUAGAUAACAGAUGACCUAAAAGGAAUCCUUUCUAAAAUGUAAUAUAAAAAAACUUCCCAGAAACAGAUGGAGAACUAGCCUUUAUCCUAAGAUUGAUUUAUUAUGU